AUGAAGGAUUGUUCACCAAGUAUAGCCCCCAUUGUGAUGGGCAAUAGGUUUAAUUUGGACCAGUGCCCAAAGAAUGAUCUUGAGUGGGAACAAAUUAAGAACAUUCCUUACGUUUCUACUAUUGGAAGCUUGAUGUAUGCUCAGGUUUGCACAAGACCUGUCAUUGCAUUUGUUGUUGUGAUGUUAGGAAGAUAUCAGAGUAAUCCAGGUAUAAACCACUGGAAAGUUGCAAAAAAGGUGAUGAAGUACCAUCAGGGGACCAAAGACUACAUGCUUAUGUAUAGAUGCACUGAUAACUUGGAAGUGAUUAGCUAUUCUGAUUCGGACUAUGUUGGCUAUAUUGAUUCGCGAACAUCAACUUCAGGAUAUGUCUUUAUGCUAACUAGUGGUGAUGUUUCUUGGAGAAGCGCAAAGUAG